GCGUGGUCUAUGGGGUAUUAGGGGCGGGCUGGUUGGGGGUUGUCAAGACAGACACAGAGGAUCUUGAGUGGCGAUGCGUGAUGUGUUGGACAUCAAAACAAUUUAGAGCGUCGCUUUCUCGUGUGCUCAUCAUUUAAAUACAUUAACGCGCAGGAUUAGAACCCCGUAAACAGCCGAAGUGUUUACACACAGCCGCCGGUGGCCACUGAGGGCAGAAGUUUAUUUGACACGUGGCCGCUAACGAGGCCUUUGCCUCGGCUUGUUGUUUCGGCAGUGUGCGUUGGGGGGACACUCACCGUGGGUUUUAACUUUUUGUCUCCGCGGCCACAAUGAGCGUGGGAUUCAUCGGCGCCGGGCAGCUGGCGUUCGCCCUGGCGCGAGGAUUCACGGCUGCGGGCGUCGUGGCCACUAACAAACUCAUGGCCAGCUCUCCAGACUUGGACCUGCCAACAGUGACCAGCUUAAGGAAGCUGGGAGUGAACGUGACGAGGAACAACCAGGACACGGUGAGGAACAGCGACAUCGUCUUCCUCGCCGUGAAGCCGCCCAUCAUCCCCUUCGUGCUCGACGAGGUGGGGCCAGAGCUCAGCGAUCGCCACCUCAUCAUCACCUGCGCAGCCGGGGUCUCCAUCAGCUCCAUUGAGAAGAAGCUGAGCGUGUACGUGCUCCCGCGCGUCGUCCGGGCCUGAACCAACACGGCGGUGAUCGUAGCGCGAGGGCAGCCACGGUGUACUGCGCCGGGCACUCACGCGGAGGCGGAGGACUGCCGCCUGCUGGAGCAGCUGAUGGGCAGCGUGGGAUUCUGCACCGAGGUGGAGGAGGACCUCAUCGACGCCGUCACGGGCCUCAGCGGCAGCGGCCCCGCCUACGCGUUCACCGCGGUGGAUGCGCUGGCUGACGGCGGAGUGAAGAUGGGGCUGCCUCGCCGCCUCGCCGUGCGACUCGGAGCGCAGACGCUGCUGGGGGCGGCCAAGAUGCUGCUGACGUCGGAGCAGCACCCGGGGCAGCUCAAGGACGACGUGUGCUCCCCGGGCGGCGCCACCAUCCACGCCAUCCACCUGCUGGAGAGCGGCGGCUUCCGCAGCCUCCUCAUCAACGCCGUGGAGGCCUCGUGCAUCCGCACGCGGAAGCUGCGCCAGAUGGCGGAGCAGGAGACCGUGUCUCCGGAGGCCAUCAAGAAGACGACGCGCACGCAGGUCAAGCAGGACGCCGAGCGCUCCGGGGUCAACCUCUUCUCCAGCAAAGUGCCGGGGGGAACCAAGGCAGCAUAGGGGGCAGGGGCACAGGGGAGACCGCCACUGCCCUAACACCCUGACCGGGUCUCGGGGUCGGAGUCUCGCUUGAGGACUCGGCUCCGGGAGACCGGGUCUCGGGGUCGGAGUCUCGCUUGAGACUCGGCUCCAGGAGACCGGGUCUUAGGCUCGGAGUCUCGGUUGAGACUCGGCUCCGGGAGACCGAGUCUCAGAGUCGGAGUCUCGCUUGAGACUCGGCUCCAGGAGACCGGGUCUCAGGGUCGGAGUCUCGGUUGAGACUCGGCUCCAGGAGACCGGGUCUCAGGGUCGGAGUCUCGGUUGAGACUCGGCUCCAGGAGACCGGGUCUUAGGGUCGGAGUCUCGGUUGAGACUCGGCUCCAGGAGACCGGGUCUCAGGGUCGGAGUCUCGGUUGAGACUCGGCUCCAGGAGACCGGGUCUGGAUUUGGUUUUUAGCGUUAUCUCCUCAUGCUCGGGGUUUUCCCGAGGUGCUCAGUUUUCCUUCCCCUUUCACUCGUGUGCCAACAUCCCCAAUAAAGGACGCUAUCGUUGUGAUCACGUUUAA